UGGCACGCCCUGCGACUUCCUCCAUUGUCCUUCUUUCCGGGAUUCUCUGCAAGGAAGGAUGGCUCAGAACAAUUAUUUUGGGUUUACUCACGGCGGCACGCAAUAUGGGGCAACCAGCGCGGCCGCCUAUCAAACCGGACAAGCAGGAUACGCGGUAACUCCAGCGGCAACCGCCGCUACGUACACCCAACGUCCAGCCGCGGCCGCCGCCACAGGUUACGAGACUUAUCAAGCAGCUGCUGCUGCGGCUACGGGGACGACGUACGCUGCUGCUAACCCUGGCACCGUAGCUCAGACCUACGACUACGGCUACGGUCGGGCAGCACCUGCGGCAACCUACGACGCUACCAAAACGUACUAUCAACAACCGGCUGCAGCGGCGGCAACCUACACGACUACAGAGACUCACUAUCAGGCCGCAAAACCUGCAUACAGCACCACCAGUGCUUACACGGGCACGGCUCGACAAGCAACGACUACGGGACAAGCCAAGACGUAUCAAGCAUCCAGCACCGCUUAUCAACAAUCGAAUCCUACUCAAAGCGCCACAUAUACUUCGGGGUACACCGCUCCGGCCACUCCGGCAGCUACUCCGACCACUGCGACUAACAAAACGGCGAGUACAACGUAUUCCGGCUACGACGCAGCGCUUUAUAGCGCUGCGACUAUGUAUGUAGCCCAACAGAGUGCAAACAGCAAUUCGACUAACCAGAAGACUGGAGGUUGGCAGGGCUACGGACGGAAGGGAUUCGGAGCUGGAGGGGGAGGAAUGAAGGCAAUGCGACCCAAGCAGCCUCCCAAACCCCAGCAGCUGCACUAUUGCGAAGUCUGUAAGAUCAGCUGCGCUGGACCUCAGACUUACCGGGAGCACUUGGAGGGCCAGAAGCACAAGAAGAAGGAGGCGUCUCUGAAAGUACCACAGCAGCAACCAGCACGUGGGGCAGGGAACUCCCUGCGCUGCGAGCUCUGCGAUGUCACCUGCACAGGGAACGACGCCUACGCGGCUCACAUCAGAGGAGCGAAGCACCAAAAGGUCGUGAAGCUGCACACCAAACUUGGGAAGCCCAUUCCCAGUGCCGAUCCAACGGUGCUAAAUCCCAAGCCAGCGGUGGCUGCCAAGACUACGACAGCCAAGAAGCCCACUGUCACGGCCACUCCUAAGAUCAACUUCGUAGCCUCUGGUAACCUGGGUACAGUCAACCAAGGUCAACCCGUAGAGGUGAAGACCGAAGAAAGUGCCGAAGAAGCUGCCGAGGAGGCGGUAGUCGACGAGAAGGACAUCCAACCUGUCGGGCAGGAGUACAUCGAGGAGAAUAAAUCCGAGGAUGGGAAGAUAAUCAGCUUUAAUUGCAAGCUCUGCGAGUGCCGCUUUAACGACCCCAAUGCCAAAGACAUGCACAUGAAGGGACGACGCCACCGCUUCGCCUAUAAGAAGAAGGUUAACCCCGACCUGGUGGUGGACAUGAAGCCUAGUCUGAAGCAACGAAAGAUGCUGGAAGAGAGGCUUCGACGCCAGCAGAUGCGAGACGAGUACAUGCGGCGCAGAGAGGAGAUCAAUCAGAUCGGCGUCAUGGGACCCAUUGGACCCAUGAUGGACGAGGAGAUGAUGUACUGGGAGGAGCGGCGUCGCUAUGAGGAAGAGUGCGAGUACUACGAGUGGUAUCGUCGCUAUGGUCGCGGACCUGGGGCACCUCCCAUGCCGCGGCCCUUCCCGGGCCCCCCACCGAUGAUGAUGUUCCCGGGACCUCAGAGGCGACCCGACUCCUCGGACGACAAGCACGUCCUGGCCCACCACUCGACGAUCUAUCCCAAGGAGGAGGAGCUGCAGGCAGUUCAGAAAAUUGUCUCGCACACCGAGAAGGCGCUCAAAUUCGUCUCGGACGCUCUUGCCGAAGUUGGCAAAAAACCAGCGCCUACCACCAACUCCACUCCAGCAGUCACUCCGGCGACCCCGCAAGCAAACAACGAGGUCGCCGUGAAGAAGGAGGAGGGCGACAAGAAGAAGCCGGCGGUGACCCCGCAGAAGGAGGACGGUAGCGAUGGGAACCUCUUCUCGUUCCAAAAGGAGAAGGAGGACUCGAGGAUACUACGCGGCGUCAUGCGCGUUGGAAAUCUCGCCAAGGGGUUGCUGCUCUCGGGCAACAGCCAUGUCUGCCUCGUCGUGCUGUGCGCGGAGAAGCCUACAAGGACUCUGUUGAACAAGGUCGCGGAGAUUCUGCCCGCCCAGCUGAAGAUCGUCGCGCCGGAGGACACCUACAACGUGGGGAAGCAUCCCGAGUCGGCGGCGAUCACGGUAUCCGGGGAGACCGUCACCGUCAGCGUAAUGCUGACCAGUCCUCUGAUGCGCGAGACCCCGAAGACCCCCACGCCCGCAGAUAAUGCUGGACAGCAGCAACAGGGAGCUGCUCAGCCGCAAACGACGCCCGCGACGCCCGCCGUGACCAAACCAGACCCACCAGACGUACUUCCCAAGGCUAAGUGUUUGGAGGCUUUAGCUGCACUCAGGCAUGCCAAGUGGUUUCAGGCUAGAGCGACGACGUUGCAGAGCUGCGUAAUGGUGAUUCGCAUAAUGAACGAUCUCUGCAAUCGCGUGCCCACCUGGGGAUCACUCAACUCCUGGGCGCUGGAACUGUUGACCGAGAAAGUGAUCAGCACGGCCGGGGGGCCUUCCAGCCCAGGUGAAGCUCUCAGGCGACUCCUGGAGUGCAUAGCCGGAGGCAUACUGUUACCAGGAGGUCCAGGUCUCCUGGAUCCCUGCGAGAAGGAGCCGGUCGACGCGAUCGGCAACAUGACCGCCCAGCAGAGGGAGGACAUCACGGCGUCUGCCCAGCACGCCCUGAGACUGGUCGCCUUCCGGCAGAUCCACAAGGUCCUCGGCAUGGAGCAGCUACCGCCCCCGAAGUACAAGCGAGGGUUCGCGAGGAAACGGAGGCGCGACAACAGCAACGGCGAGGGCACCGACAGCGAGGCCUCGAAGAAGGACAAGAAGGCCGAGGAGAUCAAGAUGGAGACGGACUCCAAAUAGAGACCCAUCCCACCCACCAAAACACAUUCAAUUUACCGAUUAAGGCAUAACUUAUGUAACGUAAGAGAAACUCUUUCCCUGGUGUCAAUUGCUUGUUUAAAAAGGGAGGCGUGUCCGCGGAGAGAUGUCUAGGUAUAUACCCCGUGGUCUCGGGGAGAACCGAGGACGUAGGGAGGUCCUCGAUCCUCGCGUCGUACCCCUCAGUCGACGUUUCUAGAAGCGAGGAUUCGUCGGAUCUCUGCCCGAUCGAUGCCACCCACCGUAAGGUGACGUCGAUCGUGCAUCGAUUCGAUCACUCCGAUAGAGUUUUUAGACUCCGCCGUGGUGCGGGGACCGAUUUUAACGAGGACACGGUCGAUCUCGACGCGGAGACGCGAGAAGAGGGCCUCCGCGACGACGGAAAUGCACCUCUCGUCGCGGGAGAGAGAGAGAGAAUGAGAGAGAGGCUAGAGACUACAUUUCGAUGAUCCUCGGAGCUAGAGGAUGCUUGGAACAGGCAAUUGGUACGGUUAGUUUGAGCGGUAGUCCUUCGUCAGGGGGGAGCCAAGCGCAUCGAGUCGUAUAACCAAUCCUCGGAUCGAUUAUCCGCCGAUUACUCCUAUUCGUUGUUUUCCCGGGGCGGAGGGCCCCCGGGACCUUCGGUCCGCGAUGGAUUUAAUCUAUAAGUUUCCAUCUCCAGGUUCUCCGUAGUCGUGUAGUUUGUAUUUCGAGACUCGAUGUGGUACGUGUGAUGCGUGUGCGUGUGUGCGACGAAAUAGAGAGUGCGUGUGUAGUGCUACGUCGGUGCGCGGAUAUUCGUCGCCGCCGCGUCGGGAUGAGGUUUGAAAUGGCGGCGGGGUCGACGCGUGGACUCGAGGGCGCGCCGUGGCCCUUCUUCUUAUUCUUCUUCAGGGUCGCGCCCUCCCCCGGGGACGACGAUCUUCGGUUAGCCGCGGAGAUGUCGUUGCACGCGCCUAGGAAUUCUCGUGAAUUAACCGACGUCGUAAAUCCUAUUUAAACGAGGCGCGAUCGUAGCGAUGGCGAGGACGCGCGAAAAUGAUCUUAUCGGGCGUUUAGAUACAACCAGGGAGUUGGCGGGUGGCCGGCGUUGCUGAUUGAGUUCUCUCUGACACGAUGCAUGACUCUGCUGUUGUAUUUUGAAAUUGUCAUUGAAAUAAAGGAAACCGAACGUA